AUGCAAAAUAAUCAUACCCCUACAAUUAUAAUUAUUGAUGGAGGACCUGAUGGAUUAUUACUUUAUCAUGGAAUUCAGAAACAUCCAUGGCAAGGAUUUGCUGUGUCCAUUAACUCUCAUGGAAUGAGAUCAUUAAUGUCUUGUCUUUCGGAGUCUCUUGUAACUCGUCUUCCCGAAGUUAUUCCAAUUCCAAUCUCCGAAAAAGAAAAUCGUGAGAUAUUAUUGAGUGAUGAUAAAGGAACCGAAUUAUUAAGAGUGGACUCAGCAAAAGUUAAAUCUUUAUUUGUACUUGCAAAUGUUUCUAAUUCUAACGCUUAUGCUUUUAGAGAUAUAUUAAGGGAUUUGAUGUUAGAAGGAGUGAAUAUGCAAUGGGGAAAGAAAUGUAUUGGAUACGAUGGAGUUAACGAUGAAGUUUGGGCAAUCUUUAAAGACGGAACGAGAGAAAAGGGGAUAUAUUGA